GUUGAUAGUUUGAGCAGACAAUCAGUCAGUGUAUAAACACUAUGGGCACCGCAGAAACACUAUUGUCUAUGGAACAGUUUCAUGUCUCUGAAGACUUUGGGUUUAUUCUUCCUGAGCCCCUGACAGACCUGCCGGAGUACUUCAAACCCUGGAUGGACAUUGCUAAAAAUGUCCCUGAACUCAUCUCAUCCCAUUCCUUGCGGCUCAGAGUUCAUAACAUGCCAUUGCUUGAGACUCAUCUGUUGCAGAGUCACCGUGAGCUGCGUUUGGCUCAUCUCGCUUUGAGUACAUUGACUAUGGGUUACGUAUGGCAGGAGGGAGAGAGAGAAACCGUAAAAGUCCUUCCACGAAACUUGGCUGUGUCAUUAUGGGAAGUGUCCCAGAGACUGGAUCUACCCCCAAUUCUCUCCCACAGUGAUACAGUUCUUGCCAACUGGAAGAAAACAAACCCAGAUGGACCCUUUGCCAUGGACAAUUUGGAGUUGUUAAUAACAUUGCCUGGAGGCGAGACCGUGCGAGGCUUUUUUCUGGUUACACUGCUGGUGGAGUUGGCAGCUGUCCCCGGCCUAAAGGCAAUUCCUGAAGUCAUCAGCGGUGUCCAUUAUAAUAAUGUUGCUAUGGUCACCAAAGCUUUGAAUGUUGUAGGUCAGGCCAUAGACAGCAUGAAGCAGGCCCUUAAACUAAUGCACGAUUAUGUAGAUCCCUCCAUAUUCUAUGGGAUUUUGAGGAUCUAUCUCUCUGGAUGGAAAGAUAACCCUUCGAUGGCAGAAGGUCUAGUGUAUGAAGGAGUUCAGGAGAAGGCAAUGGAGUAUUCGGGGGGGAGUGCGGCCCAGAGCAGCACCCUACACUGCUUUGAUGAAUUGAUGGGAGUCAAACAUGAAGGUGACAGUGGGGCCUUCCUGAAGAGAAUGAGGGACUACAUGCCCCCCUCUCACAAGCAUUUCAUUGAGAACAUCUCUAGUCGUCCAUCCCUGCGCAACUUUGUGCUUCAGCAAGCGGAUGAACACCUAACACACGCAUUUGAGCAGUGUUUAUCUCGGCUGGUGGACUUUCGGAAUUAUCACAUCAAUAUCGUCACUCGUUACGUCACGAUACCAGCCUCUCGUGCCAAACAGCUUCACAUUAGCGGGCGGGAAUCGGCCGAAGAGCUCGACACAAUCGGGAAAGCUCCCACAGCCCUGGAAGAAAGAGGCACUGGAGGUUCAGGGAUUAUGAGCUUUUUGAAGACAGUACGAGAUAAAACCAAAGACGGCUUCAUCCCACAGUUUGCUGGUGAGAACCAGGACCCAUCAAUGACAACAAUACAGAAGGCGACAUCUGAGCUUGAAAUAUGA